AUGACCUUUUCUACGGCUACUCCGAAGCCUUUUCCGGGUUUACAAAAAGGAGAACAAAACUUAUUACCACAGGCUCAAGAAACUGGGCAGGUGGUACCAACCGGGCACACUGAUGAUGCCACAUCGGUGACCAAAGAGAAGCCUGUGGCUAAGCCAUGGGCUCAUUUCGUUGCAGGAGGAAUUGGUGGUAUGACUGCAGCCGCGUUGACCUCUCCCCUUGAUGUCCUGAAAACGCGACUACAAUCAGAUUUCUACCAGGCACAAUUACGGACGCUUCACGCGCAGCACCAUUAUCCCAAAAAGACCACACUCACCUCUAUCCCUCGAUCCGCAUUCUUCCAUAUUGCAGAGACUGUACAAAUAUUACGAUCGAUAUAUCAACAUGAAGGAUUCCGAGCAUUAUUUCGUGGGCUCGGCGCCAACUUGAUCGGCGUAGUCCCUGCGCGGAGCAUCAAUUUCUACGUCUACGGAAAUGGGAAGAGAAUCUUGAACAAUUACUUCAAUCCGGAGGGGCGAGAGAAUGUCUGGAGUGUCCAUCUUGCAGCAGCCGCUAUUGCUGGAAUUGCCACGGGUACGGCGACCAAUCCGAUUUGGCUUGUGAAGACGAGACUACAGUUGGACAAGAACCAUGCAAGUAAUGAUCCGACACGUGGGAGACAGUACAAGAACAGCUGGGACUGCAUCAAACAGACCGUAAGACACGAGGGCAUAAGGGGACUUUAUCGAGGUCUAUCAGCGUCAUACCUGGGAGUGACAGAGUCCACAUUGCAGUGGGUUCUCUACGAACGAUUAAAGCUCUCACUUGCCCGACGUGAAGCCAAACGCCUGAACACGCCAGGAUACGUGCGGACAUGGCUGGACGACACCGAGGAAUGGGCAGGAAAAUUUACAGCAGCCGCUGGUGCCAAGGGUAUAGCUGCCGCGAUCACGUAUCCUCACGAAGUCGUUCGCACGAGAUUACGGCAGGCCCCGACUGUCAUCACCGAAACGGGGAAGGCGACUGUCAAGUACACGGGGCUUGUACAGUGCUUCCGGCUGGUUGCGAAGGAAGAAGGUAUGGCAGGGCUGUAUGGAGGCAUGACGCCACAUCUGCUCCGAGCGGUGCCUAGUGCUGCGAUCAUGUUUGGAACGUGA